AUGAAGAUUUUAUUCCCGUUGGUACUUUGCCUGUCAUUGGCUUUAGCCGAACCUCCUGUCGGCAACAGUUAUCCUUCAGCAAGAUCAGGCCACGACCACCACGACAACCAUGGCUUCGACUUCCAAAGAUCACUGUCCCAGGAAUAUGGACCUCCAGCCUUCGGAUCAGCACGCUCCCUUUCCCAGCAAUACGGCCCACCUUCUGCCAGAUCUGGAUUGUCCAGCUCACGAAACGCCCUGUCUCAGGAGUAUGGCCCUCCGUCAGCUAGAUCUGGCCCAAGAAACGCACUUUCUACCUCAUACGGCGCUCCAAGUGCCCGCAGUGUAUCGCAAGAAUACGGUGUCCCUAAUGCCCGUUCAGCAAGUUCUAGAAUAUCCCAAUCUUACGGUGUUCCCAGCUCUCGUUCCUUAUCCCAAGAUUACAGUGCACCUUCAGCACGUGGAAUUUCCCAAGAAUACGGCGCUCCCAAUGCUCGCUCAGCUUUAGCAACCCGAGGUGGUUUGUCUCAAGAGUAUAGCGCACCUGGAUCUGAUUUAUACUCAGGAGCCCCAUCUACUCAAUAUGGUGCUCCAGAAUUCCGUUCCAGUUCGAGCUACCUUCCCUCUCAAAGGAGCUUCGGGUCUCCUUCACAGAAAUAUGGCGCUCCCAGUCAAUUCCGCUCAAUAAGCCAACAGUACGGAGCUCCGGCAGCCAGGUCCAAUGGUAUUUCAAGCUAUUCUGCAGACAAAUCGUUCGGAGCCCGAAGCUCGCCUUCCCAAUCAUAUGGCGCCCCUUCCUCUCGUUCUCUAUCAUCGCAAUAUGGUCUGCCUGCUUCAAGGGGAGCUGAUUCUUAUUCUCAAAGUUUUGGCGCGCCUUCGCAAUCGUAUGGUGCACCGGCGACUCGUGGUCUGUCAGAAAGUUAUGGUGCUCCCAGUGCGGGAGGACUUUCUCAAGAGUAUGGUGCGCCUUCCGGAGCCGCAGACUUGACGACUAAUGCCUUCGCUUCUGGUUUCGGAUCUGCUAGGUCUUCUCCCUCUGACAAAUACGGAGCCCCUUCGGCCCGGGACUCCAUGCCUUCUGAAGAGUACGGUGUCCCUAGUCAAUACAGCUCGCUCUCCAGCCAGGGCUAUGGGUACGCCAGAAAUGCUUUGGAUGAGCUGCUGAACCAGGAACCAGCGAACUACGACUUUGGCUACAAAGUGAACGAUUACAUUUCUGGGAGCGACUUCGGGCACACGGAAUCUAGACAGGAUAACAGGGCUGAGGGGUCCUACUUUGUGGUACUUCCAGAUGGUACCAAACAGGUAGUGGAAUAUGAGGCUGAUGAACGUGGCUUCAAACCCAGAAUCUCCGUGGAACCAGCUGAUGCUGCUUCCAGAGCAGGUGGAUACGAUGACAACGCGGCAGACGUAGCGAGGAACGCCGAAGGACCUUACUAACUAAUCGAAUAGCUUAAUCAGUUUUAGAUAAAUUUUAUUAACGUCAUAAACUAAAUUAUUGUCGCUUUAUACAAUGACAACAAUUCUUCAUUAUUUUGUUGCCUGAUAAAUGCUGGAACAUAGAAAUUGCCAUGAAUUUGGAUUAGAUAUACAUUUCAAAGAUGUGUUUAAAUAUUUAGUUUAAUAAGCCGGUUAGUGAGUGACUUUGUAAAUCGAUUAGUAUUGAAAUAGUUGUGAACUUCGGUGCCUUUUUUGACAACAAUGUAAAUUGAAAAGUAAUAGUAAAAAUCUAGUUUAUUACCAAAAUUUCUCAUAGAUCAUUUUAACUGAAUUUGAACGCCGCUAAAAAAUAAACAACAAUAUAAUUUUGAAUUCCUCAAUGUAUUAUUUUACUGAAUGUGUUUAAUCUGAUGGGUACACCUACCUAUGUAAUAUUUGUAUAUGUGUGUA